CCUGGUGGAUGUGAUCAUGAUACAUGCGACUAACGCUAAACACAGGUUAUCACGAUAAUCAUCGGUCAUAGGGGAUGAGGGACAAUCAUGUGCAAUCCAACUCCUGCACUUUCUGUACUGCCCAUGAUAUCGCUGGCUCUUCAAGUUGUCCCCGCAGUGAGUUCUUUCCAUUUUCUCUCGCGUACACUCAUAACGCUUUGGUUGUGGAUCGAAAAACCAGGCUUAUCGCACGAAUACUGGAGGAGUUCAUUCUCUCCGGGACCUAUGAGUGCACCUAUGACUAUGUACUUGGAAGACGUCGAAGUUCUGAUUAGAAUAGUUUAGGUAUUCACGUGACCUGCGACGACUCUGAGUCUCUGACCGUCUUCAACUUCAAUGAGCUAAUAUUGCAAAGGAUUUUCGGCUGUCACUCUCGCCGCACCGGGCACCCAACGUAACAGUUGGUUCGCGAGGCAUAAUAAUCUAC